AUAGGCUUUUCAUUUGCCUAUAAAACCCCUAUCAAACCCUUCCACCCUCUCUACCCACGACUCUCUCUUCCAAGCCAAGGAUAUUUCAAAAUGGCGGAUAAUUCAAAUGGUAUGAAAUAUGCAUAUUGUGGUGUUGUUGUGCCUAAGGACUAUGGUGGCAAGCAGACCUCUAGCUAUAAUUAUCAGUCACAGCAAGGAGGGCAGUCCAGCUGCAAUCAAACUACUUCAAAGACAAGCUAUGUGGACAAGCAAACUGGUAGCUAUACUCGUGCAACAAACAAGGAAGUUGUAUCCACUGGAGAGACUUUCAAGGAGAGAUCAACGGGGAGAGUUGGUUACAAGGAUGAGUACAAGACCACUUCUACCUACAAGGUUGGGGACAAAAGUGGCUAUACUGAGUAUCAGGUGGAGGAGAGGUUUCGAAAUGUCAAGUAUAGUGGAAACAGCAGCAGCAACAAGGGCAACAACAGUGGUGGAUGGAACAACAAGUAUCUGAAGUAGUAGUAUUAUCUUGAUGUUUGGUCUCUAAAAGUCUUAGUAGUUCCAUGGAGUCUGGUAUGCUUUUAUGUUCUCUUCGUAAGUGUAGUGUUACCUAUGAACUUUUUCAUUCCCGAUCGAUGCUUUCAAGUACUUUUGGUA